AGAAAAUCCCCCAGAAAAAAAAGGACCCAAAGUCUAAAGAUUGAACAUUGAACAUUUACAUUCUCAUGUUCAUCCUUAAGAAACAUUAAGAAACAUUAAGAAACAAGAACAGGAAACAAAUACAUCGCAACGUCGGAAACAAAAACACACCAAUUCCCUCGUCGAAUUGUCAUUCUCGGAAAUAAAUGGUCAAGGCAUUACAAUUCCUUUCGUCGACUCUUAAGAUCCGUCUUAGGAGCUUCUCCCUGGAUGAGAUCCGAAUGGGGGACGCUCCUUAGGGGCAAGCUGCUGAUUAUAUACAGUAUCUUUUCCUGAGCCUCACCUCACCUUACCUCACCUCCCUACACCAUCUUAUUCACCCCUUUCUUACCAUCCAUUCGUUAUUCUACUUAUACAAUCAUAACUUCUCUCGUUUAACCCAUAAGCCAACCUAAUUCAUCAUACACAACCUAUUUGACAAUGUCCGAAGCAGCCAGCACCGGUGCCGCCGCCGAUUCUCCGGGCGGUACCAAGGCGAGUGCGCCAAAAGAUAGGAACUGUCCUUACUGCGGUCAAGCCUUCACCUCGUCGUCCCUCGGAAGACAUCUAGACUUGUAUAUUAAAGAAAAGAACCCCAAGGCCCCAGAUGGCAUCCACGAUGUCGACGCUAUUCGGAAGAUGCGAGGAAGUAUCACCCGUAGGCAGCCAAGAGGCUCGCUUGCUCGACGAGACACCUCCACCCCCGGCACACCGACAGCCUCGAGAAAAAGCCCUGUGUUCGACAUCGGUACCAAAAUGCCUUCCAUACCGAAAGAAGGCCAGUUCGUUGUAGAUAAUCAGUUACCCAAGUAUCCUUUCCAGCCUACCUGGGAGGCUACCGGCGUGAUAAACGAUAUUCCGGCGAGGAAUGGCGAGUUAAAGAAUAGUCCGGAUGAUAGCAACGGCCAGGACUCGAGGCGGCUUCCCAUGCAGCGCGCACCGAGCCGACCUUUACAAAAGUCUCAACUAGAUGUGAGGCAGAGGCUCGCAGAUGCUAUGGACACCGCGAGAGCUGCCGAGCUGGCACUCAGAGAAUUGCUCAGCUCGUUCAGAGCCGCUAAGCAACAGAUUGAUAUGGACUCCCUUCCCUUCGACUUUGAUCCUCUUUCUCUCGAUUUCCCUGCUCUGACGCUCCAAUGUCUCCAAGCGCCUCCGACCCUAUUUUCCUCUACACCGCAUCCGACCUCUUCGUCUUGGUCUAUACAACCUCCUGCCCAGAAACAAUACGAAGCACUUCGGGCAUUUUUCCAAGAAGAAUUCAGGAAAUGGAGGAUUGCUUGUUCUAUGGCAACUACAGCGUCGAAUGAAGAUCUGAUAUACCCGCCAUCAAACAUAAAUGCACCUCAUGAUGUGCGCGAAGGAGUGAGGAAAGCGGAAGAGGCAGCUGCCGCGCUUGAAGCCCAGGUCAAUGAACAUCUACAAUCAACCUACCAUGUUUGGGAACAGCUUCCCCAGCAGAGAAAAACUGAGCUCUGGGGUCUCGAGUUGGCGAGGAGCGUAGGGAGAAGGCAGAAGGAUGUGGAGAAGCUGAAGGAGGUUCAGUUUACCGCGAAGCAGGAGAAUGCAAACCUCAAGUUACAGAUCGAUCAACUAAAUCGCCUGCAACAUCCAAGAGAGUUCAGGGUAGUACCACCAGCUACGAUCCCUAUCGAGCAAUCCCUGCUCACGUAUCUCGGGGAUCUAGCCCAUAAAGGCCGUCGGGGAAUCGGACUUGACAUCGAAGAUCGGCACGUGGACCUCGAUGCUAUGGUUUCUCGUGCCAUCGAUCGAUGGAAGACUGUUAUCGUAUCGACUAGGGGACCUGGCAUGGCGGGACAGAGGUCUCUCGAGCAGUCAACACCAACUCCGACAAGUCUUACCCCUACCUCCGUGACCGCGCCUCCGCCUCAAAUACCCGCUCAGCAACAGCAAACAUCUAUGCCUGCCACAUCUAACGCGCAAGUAGUCCAGCCACAAUCCACAACAGCUGCCGUGACUGCGUCAAUGGUCGCCGCCUCGCACGUAGACGUUUCCAAUGACGAUAAUAGCGAUCAAGAUGCCGACGCGGAAAUGGAAGACGAUGACAAUUUCACUCCUAUCACUCCCGUAGUCGCAAAACCGCCACAAAUGCAGCAAACCCAUCAGCAGUUGGAAAUAUCGCGGACUAGGGGCCACGACCAGCGAGUACAGAUGACCACGGAUGCACGGUUUACAGUCAACGGCACGGUACCCAGUCGGGGCCUCGACGCGCAGACGAUGCAGAAUAUGAGCGCCGCUGUCUCGAUACCAGGGCGUAUGCACGGACAUGCUAUAAUGAAUAAUGGCGAUUACGGGACGAUUGUUCAAGGCGUUAGCGGUGGCGAGCCAAUGUAUAUGGAUUCAUAGAGAGAAACUACCACGGCGGUUCCGGCGUUCAAAAAUAAGCACAAGUCAUUUUUACUUCCCUCCCUUUUUUUUUCCAUCACCACCAUCAUCAACAUCAUCAUCAUCAUCCUGUUUCCCCGGCGAUAGUGUCUAUUCAUCAGGUGGAUCUUUUUAAAAGAAAAUCGAGAUUCUUUUUUUUCUAUUUAUAUAUAGCUUACCCGCGGAUCUUACCCUUCUAACCUUACUAGAUACGCGCAUGGCAUGGCGGCAUCGAGCGUAUGAGAUUGCCCUAAUAAAUACUCCACCUAGAUGUGUUGAUACAUAGAUGCUGCUGCUGAUUGCUCCGGGGGUGGGCGUGUGUCAAAUAGGUACCCUAUACAAAUAUUCGACCGCCCGCACUCGCUUUGAAAUUGCGGGCGUAAAAUGGAACCGGGGCUUCUUUUUUUAUUUAUCGGUGUUCGAUAAUGCCCGGUUUUUUUGGUGGUGGCUUUUUUUUUCUACUGGUCGUCUAUGUCGUGCGGCUUGAUGAAUCAAUCAUAUUUAUCCUAGGUACCUAUAUGCUAGGUAUAUAUAUACUCGAAUUCCGGUUGGUUGUUGUUGUCGUUGUCGUUGUUUCCCGUGGAUCUUGUUUGGCUCUGAAAUGUUUAUAGUAUGCUUGCUCGUAGAAUUAGGUACCUUUUUUUUAUUAUUGAUUUAUCUCGUAA